GCCGAAUUGUCGAAUUGAGCUGCACAGUCCACUCCCACCUUUACUUAACUUUCAAUUUUAGUCUCCUUCUCCCCAGCGGCAGCAGCAAUCUCUAGGCCUUGAUACUAUCAUAUUCAACAUCCCUCUACAAACGAUCUAGUGGCGCAGAGCCCGCAUCAGCAGCUACAAUGGUUCUCGAGGCUGUUAUGGUGGUUGUGGACAACAGCGAGAGCAGCAGAAAUGGAGACUACCAGCCAACCCGAUUCGACGCACAGGUCGACGCCGUGAAUGUGCUGUUCCAGACCAUCACCCAGGGAAAUCCGGAAUCAUCCGUCGGCCUGAUGAGCAUGGGUGGAAAAGGACCAGAGGUGCUUGUCACCCUUACCACAGAGCAGGGCAAGAUCUUGGAGGGCCUGCACAGGACAAAGAAGAAGAUUGGCGGCUCGUCUCACCUAAAGACAGGCAUCCAAAUUGCAACGCUCGCCCUCAAGCACCGACAGAACCGAUCCCAGCGCCAACGAAUAAUAGCAUUUGUUUGCUCACCCGUCGAAGACCAGGAGAAGGAGCUUGUACAACUAGCUAAGAAGAUGAAGAAGGGCAAUAUCUCUGUCGACUUUGUUCUGUUUGGCGAUCUAGAGGAUGAUGCCACGCAAAAGAAACUCCAGGCAUUCAACGAUGCUGUCAAGGGCAACGAGGGCUCACACUUGGUGGUUAUCCCACCUAGCAGUAAGCUGCUAAGUGACCAGCUUAUCUCAACACCUAUCAUGCUUGGCGAAGGGGCUGGAUCUGGCGCCGGCGGUAUGGGUGGCAAUGACGAGUUUGAGUUUGGAUUCGACCCGGCGUUAGAACCUGAGCUGGCCCUUGCUCUACGCAUGAGUAUGGAAGAAGAGAAGGCCCGGCAAGAGAAGCUCGCAAAGGAAGAGGAGGAGGCAGCAAAGAAGGCAUCUCUAGAGAGUGUCAAGGAAGAGAACGAAGGCAGUGGCAGCGGCAGUGGCGGCGGCGCGAGCAAGGACAAAGACGAUACGAUGGAUACUUCUUAAUACGCAUUAUAGUUACGGUGCCAUGAUAGACGGUGUAUAACUAAAUAAUCAAUGGGGCCUUAGAGGAG